AUGAUACAACAACCAGACCUUCAAGGUGAAGAAGAAGAUGAAUCAAAUUCCAAGUUUAUCAAAGACAUUAAAUCCCUUGCUACCACAAAUAGUUCUAUUAUUAUGGAGCCUGAUCCAUUUGAUUUAGAAAACAGCCAAAUGGUUUCAAGUGAAGUUGGUAUUGACCAACUAUUGAAAUUAAAAGAGGAUGCAAUCGAUCAAUUUGUAAUGAUUAAUGCCAGUUUAGAUUUGGUUCAUGAUACUUCAUUUUAUGAUGGAGUGAUUAGUAUCAAGCCUGUUGCAAUUUACAAUAAGUAUUUGGGAUAUGAAACUGUUUUAGAGCCCACCAAACAUACGGUGACCUAUUACAAAGGAUAUAUUCCAAAGGGUCAUUGGGUUUCAUCUAUUAUUCAUGCGUCUGACAAUGUCAAUCAAGUCACCAACAAAUUCAAGUAUAAUGGGGAAGAAAUUCCAAAUGAAACUCAAGUUCAAAAGAUAGUAGACCUAAAGGAAGCUGGAACCUACAUGUUUUUCCAAACACUCAUCAAGUAUGGAGUAAGACAGGUGAUAGAUGGAACACUAUCCGGGUUUAUCGUUGUAACGGUCUACAGAGACGAUGUCUUUGCCACACCCAUUGACAAGGUUAAAUAUGAACCUCCCAAUUACUAUGAAUGUCUCAAUUAUCUUCACGGAAAAGGGAUUAGUCGUUGGAAUGAACUCUAA